ACGCGGCGACGGCAACAUAUCCCGGCGUCCGUCGCGCCCCUCUUUCUUUUUCCGGCCGGCCAUUUUCUCUCCCGGGAGGGAUCUAAGCAGGCAUGGCGCCCAGCCGGAAUGGCAUGAUCUUGAAGCCCCAUUUCCAUAAGGAUUGGCAAAGACGAGUGGCCACAUGGUUUAACCAGCCUGCCAGGAAGAUCCGCAGGAGAAAAGCCCGCCAGGCAAAAGCCCGUCGUAUCGCCCCACGCCCAGUAUCUGGGCCAGUUAGACCAAUUGUGCGGUGCCCCACUGUACGGUACCAUACAAAAGUCCGUUUUGGCAGAGGAUUCAGCCUGGAAGAGCUAAGGAUGGCUGGUAUCAACAAGAAAUUUGCCCGGACAAUUGGUAUUGCAGUGGAUCCCAGGCGCCGCAACAGGUCUACCGAAGCCUUGCAAGCUAACGUCCAACGGCUAAAGGAAUAUCGCUCCAAACUCAUCCUCUUUCCCCGGAAGUCUUCUGCACCCAAGAAAGGAGACAGCGCAGCAGAGGAACUCAAGAUGGCCACACAGCUCUCUGGACCAGUUAUGCCCAUCAAAACCGUAUACAAAAAGGAGAAAGCCCGGGUUAUCUCGGAAGAAGAGAAGAACUUCAAGGCCUUUGCCACUUUGCGCAUGGCCAGGGCAAACGCUCGGCUCUUUGGCAUCCGGGCUAAACGAGCCAAGGAAGCAGCAGAGCAGGACGUGGAGAAGAAGAAAUAAACUCCUUGGACAGAUCUGCACAAUAAAAGAGGAGAGAUUUGGAA